AUGUAUAUCAAACAGAUCAUCAUCCAGGGCUUCAAGAGCUACAAGGAACAAACCGUCAUCGAGCCCUUCUCCCCCGGCACUAACGUCAUUGUUGGCCGCAAUGGAUCCGGCAAGAGUAAUUUCUUCGCGGCGAUCCGCUUUGUGCUGAGCGAUGCCUACACCCAGAUGACCCGCGAGGAGCGUCAGGCGCUGUUGCACGAAGGAUCAGGAUCGGCUGUCAUGUCCGCUUAUGUCGAGAUCAUCUUCGACAACAGCGACGAGCGCUUCCCUACGGGAGGCAAGGAGGUCAUUUUGCGCCGCACCAUCGGAACGAAGAAGGACGAAUACUCGGUCGAUCGCAAAGUGGUGACGAAGAAUGAUGUCGUCAACCUGCUCGAGGCAGCUGGUUUCUCGAGGUCAAAUCCUUACUACAUCGUACCCCAAGGUCGUGUCACGGCCUUGACAAACAUGAAGGAGUCUGACCGACUCACUCUGUUGAAGGAGGUGGCUGGAACUCAAGUCUAUGAAGCGCGUCGAACCGAGUCGCUCAAGAUUAUGAACGAGACCAACAACAAGAGAGAAAAGAUUGACGAGCUUCUGGGCUACAUCAAAGAGCGCCUGACGGAGCUCGAAGAGGAAAAGGAGGAGCUCCGAGGCUUCCAGGAUAAGGAUCGCGAACGCAGGUGUCUCGAGUAUGCGCUCUACUACCAAGAGCAGCAGCAAAUCCAGGAGCAACUGGAGAGAAUUGAAAACAUUCGCCAAAACGGCCUGGACAACACCGACUCGAUACGCACUGAGCUCAAGGACGCCGAGAAGAUGCUCACUAAACUGGAGUCGGAGAUCCACAAGUUGACGAAAGAGAUGGACCUACUCAAGGUUGAGCGCCGCCAGCUCGAGGAGGAUCGCCGCGAAACCGCCAAAUCGAAGGCCAAGGCGGAGCUGAAAGUGAAGACCUUGUCCGACGGCCAGUCCGCAGCCGUUCAGACGCAGCAGCAGCACGAGGCGGAUCUCGCGGCGACCAUUGAGGAGAUUUCGACGAAAAAGGCGGAGCUUAACAACGUCAUUCCGGAAUACACAAGGCGAAAGCAGCAAGAGGUGGACAAGAAGCAGCAGUUGGACACGGCCGAAGCCGCGCGAAACCGCCUCUUCACCAAGCAGAGCCGUGGCUCCCAGUUUAAGAACAAGGCUGAGCGCGACAAGUACUUGAGAGCGGAAAUCGAGGAUCUGCACUCCAGACUCAUGAGCCACAAGGCAAACAAAAUGGAUGCUGAUGAGGAUGUUGCCGGGACCGAGAAUUCGAUCAAGCAACUCGAGAGCGCUGUUGCGAGCCUGAGACAGCAGUUGCAAAACUCGGGCGGUGCUCGCAACGACCUGGUCGAGGAAGCGAGCAAGGCGAGAGAGACGUUGGACAAGCUCGACGAUGAGAAGAAGCUUCUCUGCCGUGAAGAGGAAAAGCUCGAUACCGUCUUGCAGGAUGCCCGGCAGGAGAGAGAUCGGGCAGAGCGCGAGCUGAGCUCCAUGAUGGAUGGUGAUACCGCUCGUGGUCUCGCGACCAUCCGGCGGUUGAAGCACGAGCGGGACAUUCCCGGUGCCUACGGGACGAUGGCGGAACUCCUCGAGGUCAACGACACAUACCGCCUUCCCGUCGAGCAGAUUGCGGGCAACAGCAUGUUCCACUACAUUGUCGACAACGACCAGACAGCAACCUACCUGACCAACUACCUUCGUACUAACUAUGGAGGUCGACUGACGUUCAUGCCUCUCAACCGCCUUCACCCAAGACACAUUACCAUGCCGAGAUCGCAGGACGGCAUCGUGCCGCUUUUGAGCAAGAUCGGCUACGACUCGAUGUUUGAGAAGGCUUUCCAGCAAGUUUUCGGCAAAGUCGUCGUGUGCCCCAACCUGAGCAUAGGAGGCCAGUACGCAAGGAGUCACGGCGUCGACGCCAUUACGCUGGACGGUGACACCACGAACAAGAGAGGCGCCAUGACUGGUGGAUACAUCGACCCCCGGCGCUCCCGACUGGAAGCCGUUCAGGCUGUCAACAAGUGGCGAAACGAGUAUGAGAAGCUCCUGCAACAGUCUGAUCGGAUUAGGUCCCAGAUCGAACAGAAGGAGCAAGAGAUCACCCGGGCCAUGGGCGAGGUUCAAAAGGCGGAGCAGAAGCUGCGGCAGCUGGAAGCCGGCUUUGAGCCUCUGAGGCACGAACUCGCCAAUAAGAACGGCCAGCUCGAGCACGAGAGGAGGCGUUUGAGCGAUGCCGUUAGACACCGCGAAGCGGUCGAGAGGGAUAUGAAGAUCUUCACAGAGAGUCUUGCUGCGAAUGAGUCCGAGCUCGCGUCCGACUUCAAGAAGUCUCUCAGCAACGCUGAAGAGAAGCAGCUCGUCGAGCUCGAUGCGCAGGUGCAGCGACUUCAGAAGGAGUGGAACGAUGCCAGCAAGAAGCGGAGAGAGGCAGAGAGCCGGAAACAGAUCCUCGAAACAGACAUCAACCAGAACCUCCAACUGCGCCUAGAUCAGCUCAACAGCCAGGCUUUCGAGAACAAUACCUCGUCUGGCGACACCGGCAGCCUUAAGGAGGCGCAGCGAGAGCUCAAGAAGCUGCAGCGUGAGGCCAAUGCCAUCGAAAACAAGAUGCAGGAGAUCGAGGCGAAGCUCGAAGAGCUCGGCGGCAAGCUCGACCGUCGCGAGGCCAAGAAGGCGGAACAGGAAGAGAUCCGCAGCACCGUUGCCGCGAAGGAGGCCAAGCAACGCGGCGCCAUCGAGAAGAGCAUGUCCAAGAAGGCGGUUUACACCGCACAGGCAGCCGACGCAGCCAAGGCCAUCAGAGAUCUCGGUGUCCUCCCCGAAGAGGCGUUUGACAAGUACGAGCGGAUGGACCCCAGGCAAAUCGACUCGAGGUUGAAGAAAGUUCGCCAGGCCUUGAAGAAGUUCCAGCACGUCAACAAGAAGGCGUUUGAACAGUACAACAGCUUCACGUCGCAGCAGGACCAGCUCCUCAAGCGACGCAAGGAGCUGGAUGCCUCGCAGGAGUCCAUCGAGGAGCUUGUUGCCCACCUCGACCAGCGCAAGGACGAGGCCAUUGAACGUACCUUCAAGCAGGUGUCGAAGGAGUUUGCCACCAUCUUUGAGAAGCUCGUCCCGGCCGGUCACGGCCGUCUGGUCAUCCAGCGCCGGACCGACCGCCGGAUCGAUCCCGAGUCGGACGAAGAGCAGAACCGCACCGUUGAGAACUACACUGGUGUAGGCAUCAGCGUGUCUUUCAACUCGAAAACAUUGGACGAGCAACAGAGGAUCCAGCAACUCAGUGGUGGACAAAAGAGUUUGUGUGCUCUGUGUCUCAUCUUUGCUCUCCAGCAGACAGAGAGCAGUCCUAUGGUCAUCUUCGACGAGGUCGACGCCAACCUCGACGCGCAGUACCGUACUGCCGUCGCCAGCCUUCUGGAGUCCAUCUCUCAGGACGCCGGCACGCAGUUCAUCUGCACCACCUUCCGACCCGAAAUCGUCCACAUCGCCGACAAGUGCUACGGUGUCACGUUCCACAACAAGACGAGUUCCAUUGAUUGUGUCCCGACCGAGGAGGCCCUGAGCUUCGUCGAGGGCGUUGCUGCAGGGAAAUGA